AUGCCCAAUCAGCAAGCUGGGCUGAUUACAGCCCCUACUAUGGUGAGACCAGUCCAUCUACAUUGUGUUGAAUAUGCUGAUCUGACUUCUUCAGAAGAUGGAGUGGAGACGCCUGCAGUAAUCUCUAACCUGCUGCUGGCAACUGACUCUGAAGAAUUGCAACUGAGAAGAUUGAAUCUCAAACAUCAAAAGAUUGAUUUAGAACUUCAAAAAGAGAGACACAAAGAAUUGCAGCUUCAACUUCAAUUGAAGGAGCUCCGCACUCAGAAUGACAGGGUCAUGAUGCCUGCAAAUCCACCAUCAGGUUGA